AUGAUGCUUGUAUACCCUUCCGGAGAAUACCACCGGUACCACGAAACCUCCGAGCGCGCCCAGAACUUUGAUCAAGGCCGACAUCAAGAACGCGAGAGCUUGGGCGACGUGGAAGCCGACGGAGCCACCAGGGAAGGCGGCAGAGUUCCUUUGCGGACGGCCGGGGAGAUGAUAGAAAAGCAAGGCGCGGGGGAGGAGAGUGAGGGGAGCGAGGAGUGGCAGGAGCAGGGGGGGAGAACGGCGGUGGCGGCUGAGCUGAUGCAUUUGAGCAUGGACGAAGUGAGGCAUCUGAUGGAGAAAGGACGGAAACCCUCUUCCGGGGGGGGUGUAUUAGAGGGUUUGGUGGCGGAGGUGGAGCGGUGCUGGCAGGGCGCCGGGGGGAAGAAAGGGAGGGCGGGAGAGGGGGGGGGCGGGAGUUCACGGCGAGUCUCCGUAAGGCCCUGGGCCGUGCUAGAGCAGGUAGCAAGGUUGGGGGAGGUGACUUGGAUGGGCGCAGGCGCAUAA